AGAGCAUGGAGAGCCACUGAGCAGAGUCGGCGACUCAUUUCUAGGCUUCCUUCGCUUUAGCCUCUUCGCCAUUGCUACUUCCAUAGGUUCCUUCGUCUACCUUCUUCAUCCGAAACCUAAUUCCGUCUUCUGCAAUUGCGAUGGAGAACCUUCACGGCAACUCGAGAGUUCCGAAAUUGAGCCCGCAGCACUUGAUGAAAGGAGGAAGCUUCGAGAAUGCGGACCUCGACUCGCCGCUCCUCAGGUACCUGCGAGGCUCUCAGUCGCCGGUCGACGGCUUCAAGCAGCGGCGCCACCCGCUCUCUCCGGUGGAGAAUCUGAUGGCGGCGGCGAGGUCUUCACCGGUGAGAACGGUGCCGAGGGAGGAGGUUCUGGUGAUGGACGGCGUUUUGGUCACCGAUGGAAAGAGGAGUUCGAGGUCGGGUGGUUCUGGUUCGCCUUCAUCUACUUCUUCGGAUUCUUCGGGGAAGAGUCUCUACAAAGGCCAGUUUGUACUUGGAAAAGAAAAUUUGCGUCCAACUCGUUUUCCUGGCAAGAACAAAUCUGAGUUGUGCAAGUCUACACCUAGAUCAGGAUCAUGCACACCCAGCCCGAAGUCCCGCCUUGUCUAUCAGAUCAUGGCAUCAGCUGUUACUGAAGCAGCAGCAGCAGCAGCAGCAGCCUUGUCUCCAAAACUGAAUAGGAUCAGCAAGACCCCCAUUACUGUUAUCUGCUGCAGAGACUGGUCACCCCAAGAUGACAUUGAGGUUGUCUUGCCUUCUUCAACUGAAAAACCUCCAUCAAAGGCAGAUGUAGAUGAGUACAUCACUGCUUCUCUCUAUGGUCCUACUACAAGAAGGAGAUUGUCAGUGUUUGCUGAAAUUUGCCCAGAGUAGUAACCUGUUUGCUGAAAGCUUCCACUUCACACAAAAAGGUAUAUUGUACAUUCGUCCUGUUUGUUUUCGGAUUAGGUCCCUUUUGCACCUCAUUGUUCCUACUUACUGCUCAUAUUCUAGCGCGUAGACUGGGAUUAGAUUGAGCAAGAUUGUUGCCAACUAUAGUUGUAGAGGGCCUUGUUGAUUAUUGGUUACCGUAGUACUUGAUCACCAACUAUGGUGCAUAAUAUCUGGAUAGCAUGACCUAUUUCGGUACUUAAAAGUUGAUAAAGGAUAAUGAAUUACGGACAUGGAUCUCUUGUUGCAAUUUCUCUGGAUUUGAUAGUUUCCCCUGUUUGAUGUAUUGUAUGUGGCUGCAAGAGUGAAUCCUUUCAUAUUGUGAUUGGGACCGUUUUA